CAAAAAAAAAUUAUAAAUCUCUGUAUCAAAACAAGAAUCUAGGUCCAAUGACGAGCCGUAAGAAAUUUGGAAUUCCUUGGCCUGAAUGCAACGACGGUCUGUCCUACGACGACGUCGUUCGAGCCUCUGAUGCCGGGGCGACACUCAUAGAGUUUUACUCCACCAAGUACAAGAGUUCUGCUCCCUUACAAGGUUGGUUGCAGCGAAUAAAAAGUGGGCAGAUAACAGUUGAUGGAGGAGUUGUUACUGAUUCUAACACAGUCCUCAGAGUUGGAUCAAAGCUAAUCUAUCAUAGACUUCCAUGGAAGGAGCCAGAUGCACCGCACAUGAUCGACGUCUUAUAUGAAGAUGAUGACAUGAUUGCUCUAAAUAAACCGUCUGGCCUGCAAGUUUUGCCUGGAGGUCUCUACCAGCAAAGGACAAUUUUAACACAGCUUCAAUGGGAAGCCAACAAUCAGGGUACCUGUGAAAUGCACAAAAGGCUGCAUCCUGUUCCCGUACAUCGCCUAGGGAGGGGAACUUCAGGAAUUUUAUUAUGUGCGAAGACAAAACUAGCCAGAGCUCGUCUUGCAUCUCAUUUUGCUGACGGAACUUCUCACGUUGGAGGAAAAAGAGAUACAAAGCAGGAACUUGGGAAGAUUGCAAAGAUGUACCGAGCUCUUGUGAGUGGGAUAGUUGAGAAUGACAAGGUGACUAUUAAUCAACCAAUUGGAAUAGUAAAAUAUCCUGGUGUUGCUAAAGGGUUAUACGUUGCUUCUGAAUCAGGAAAACCAGCACUCAGUGUAGUGGACAUUCUAGAGACGAACAUACAAGAAAACAGCACGUUGGUCCAGGUUAAGAUUCAGUCAGGACGGCCUCAUCAGAUCCGCAUUCAUCUCUCUUUCAUAGGGCAUCCUCUGUUAGGUGAUCCGCUUUAUGGUGUUGGUGGGCAACCCAAAUGCUUAGAUUGUGACUUUGUAGAUGAGAGUUUUGCUGAAGAUGGGGGUUAUCAGAGACCUACGAAACCAGUUCCCGGAGAUUGUGGGUAUUACUUGCAUGCACAUAAAUUGGUUCUCUCUCAUCCGACAACUAACGAGUUAAUUGAAAUUAUUGCACCCCUUCCUUCUGCCCUCCACACAGCAGAAGAGGCUAAGGAAAUUGCUAUCAUGCAGCAGACUGCUUAAGCUGUAAAAGUUGGUUGACUGUAAAGAUGCUCUACAGAUUCAAGAGAAACUAUCUUUCCUGUAACUAAGUGGAAAUCUUGAGCCAUGAGUGAUCCGUAACUAAGAAUUUCUACUAUGACAAGUGAUAACAAAGAGCGAAGUUGCUGUUCAAUUUUGCUAGCUCACGUUUAUUCCAAAGCUCUACUUGAAAGGCCUAUGAUUUAAGACCUUAUGGUAUUAAAACUCGUUUAUCUGAAUGGGCUACACAUUAUCACAA